GCCCGGAUGUACUCCGGAACCCUUGUGUGCCAAGUCGUGGUUUCUGCUGGGGGGCCCGUUUCUGGUCGGACCGAUCAGCCGGACUUCAAACGGCGGUGCUCCCUCUUUCCUUGCGGUUCUAGAUCUGCUACAAGAGAUCAGAGGAAUGUUUGGCUCCUUAAUAUCUUGUCGGGGGAGCGGCUCAGUGCAAUGUCUUGCUCACAGUUUUUGCCUCCUGCGACGGGACAUUUCUGGGCUCAGGACUAUAUUCUGUGUCUUCAGAGGUCUCCAUACCAGCAGGGCACCAUGUUCUGGAUGGGUUGCCCCGGUCUUCACCAGAGCACUGGGCUUUGGAGAAAAAGUAGCCAUCAUUGACCAAAAUGGAGAGCACACCUACAAGGACCUGUACACCCGAAGCCUUUGUCUCUCCCAGAAAAUCUGUGAGAGGCUCGGACGAUCCGGCCAAGACUUGAAGGGCGAACGGAUUUCCUUUCUGUGCCCCAACAAUGCCUCCUAUGUAACUGCCCAGUGGGCUUCAUGGAUGAGUGGAGGUAUCGCUGUUCCCCUCUAUAGAAAGCAUCCCGUGUCAGAACUGGAGUAUUUUAUCAAGGAUUCCCAGAGCGCUCUCCUUGUUGUAGAGGAAGAGUUCAUGGAGAGGAUCAUGCCGACUGCUGAGAAACUUGGGUUGCCAGUGCUCUCGCUUCUCAAAUCUGGGAAGUGUGGCUUGGCCAAGGACAAAUCCCUCCUGGAAGCCAGUUGUCCCAUUUCAGAGUGGAAGGACAGGGGAGCCAUGCUGAUCUACACAAGCGGCACCACCGGGAGGCCCAAAGGAGUACUCAGCACCCACCAGAAUGUCCAGGCUUCGAUAACCGGGCUGGUUGACAAAUGGGAAUGGACGAAGGACGACGUGAUUCUCCAUGUGCUGCCUUUGCACCACGUCCACGGAGUGGUCAACAAGCUGCUGUGUCCUCUCUGGGUGGGCGCAACCUGCAUCAUGCUCCCCGAGUUUGACGCACAGAAGGUGUGGGAGAAGUUCCUAGACCCUCGAGCUCCUCGGGUCAACGUCUUCAUGGCGGUGCCCACCAUUUAUGCCAAGCUGACCGAGUAUUACAACAAGCACUUCGCCCAGCCGCAGGUCCGGGAUUUCGUCCGUGCCGUCUGCCAGGAUAAUAUCCGGCUGAUGGUGUCGGGGUCCGCAGCCCUCCCUGUGCCGGUCCUGGAGAGGUGGAAGAGCAUCACCGGCCACACGCUGUUGGAGAGGUACGGGAUGACGGAGAUCGGCAUGGCGCUCUCCAACCCGUUGCACGGCACCCGUGUCCCAGGGUCUGUGGGGAUUCCGCUGCCAGGUGUGACGGUGUGCAUUGCUACAGAGAGCUCGCAAAGGGAUGGCCCUUCCUACACCAUCCAUGCUGAAGGGGAUGAACACGGCACACAGGUGACCCCAGGUCUGGGCAACAAAGAAGGGGAGCUCUUGGUGAAAGGCCCAGCGGUAUUUCAGGAAUACUGGAACAGACCAACGGAGACCAGGGACGCCUUUACGCCUGAUGGCUGGUUCAAAACAGGUGACACGGCUGUGUAUAAGGAGGGUACUUACUGGAUCAGGGGCCGAACCUCUGUGGACAUCAUCAAAAGUGGGGGCUACAAGAUCAGCGCCCUGGAAGUCGAGCGCCACCUGCUGGCCCACCCCAGUAUUUCUGAUGUGGCUGUGAUUGGCGCCCCAGACAUGACAUGGGGUCAGAAAAUCAGUGCUGUGGUGGAGCUCCACGAGGGUCAGACGCUCUCUCUCCAGGACCUGAAGCACUGGGCAAGGGAGAGCAUGGCACCCUACACCGUCCCCUCUGAGCUGAUCCUGGUCGAGAAGAUCCCACGCAACCAGAUGGGCAAAGUGGACAAGAAGCAGCUCUUCAAGACUCUCUACUCCGCCUAGCGAGGGCAGCAGCAUCCCGUGGGAGCGGAGAGGGAGGAGGCUUCUCAGCAGCACCCUUGCACGAGGGCCCACGUGUGAUCAGACGUGCAAAGCGUGCACGUGGACGGUCCCCUUUCCAGCGCCCCCCUGCUCACUUGUGUGUAUAUUCUCAUCAUGUGUAAGCUUGGACACGGUCUGUGAUUUUAUUUUUGUAUUUUUAAACUCUGCAAAUCAAAGUCUUAUUUAAAAAAAAAACACACACAGCUUCCUUC